UGGUGACUGGUGGUGUGAACUAAUAAUUUGUAUUUAUUUACAAUUUCUUAACUCUUCUUGCUUGAGUCAAAAAUAUAAUAUAAAUUCCAUAUUAACAUGUUUUAGCGUUUGCUUAAAAAGAGUGGUCAAAUAGAACAGUUUUUGAAUAAGUUAGGCAAUUAUUUUUCAUACACAAUUUAGACAACUUGAUUGUUUUCUCCAAAAUGAUUGAUGUAAAAACAAAGAUUAAUUCGUUCUUCAUCUUUAAUUCUUCAUUUGGCCCUAAAGAAGGAGAAGAAGUAAAAAGAGUAUUGUUCUUCCACCCACAUGAAAUCAGUACAGAUGCUCGUAAAAUACAAGUGGGUUUGUGCGAAGCUGUUGUAAAAUUUAUGUCCACAUUUUCAUCUGAGCCAUGUGAAGCUCUUCAAACCCAGACCAAAAGGUACAUCUUUUACCAACCUGAGAAAGGAUUUUGGAUGGUUUUGGUUGUAAGAAUACCAUACACUACAAAAGCAGUAUCUGCCAUUGGAGAGGGUCGAGCAGAAUUUCUGGACCCAUCAGUUAUGAGUGACUUGCUAGUAUCUGCUUACAAAAUGUUCAGAAUGUUCAUGGGACCUUUCAAAGACAUUCCUAUUGAAGAAAUAUACUCAACAUGUGAUGAAUUCUUCACACCAUACAUCAUGUCCAGAAACCUCACAAAUGAUAUAUCUGAUGUAAUUCAAGGGAUCAGUUACUUGCCACUGGAUAAAAACAGUUUCUUCAAGGUCAUGUCUUUCAUAGAUCUGUUGGAAGUCAAUUACCCUGACUUCAAAUGUAUAUCAUUUGUUUAUAAUGACCAACUAAUAUGGAAUGGACUCUCAUCUAAUGAUAUGCUCACUUUGUACCAAUAUUUGGUUCAAACAUUACUACCAAAACAAGUAGAAAGAGAGAUCCAAGGUGGAGCAAUAGCAGCAGCACAAAGACAUGGGCGAUUCAUCAGUCCACCUGAAGGAAUUCGCACACAAGAUGAUUUAAAAAAACUGGUCAAAGUACAUUUACUCAAAGAAGAUGAAACAGAAACUAAACAAUAUUAUUUGAUAAUUUACAGAACUCUGAGUGCCACAGUCUGUUUCACUAUUGAUGUAAAUACUGUUUUAGAAAUAGAGGCUUUUCGAUCAUUAGACGCAUUCAUUGGCCCUCAGUUGUCAACAAUAGCAUCCACAAUCAGCGAGCAAUGUGCGAUCCACGCUCUACAGACUGCCCAACUGGCUAACACAGAGCAUAAGUUUGUUUACUUCAAUAGACUGAACCUAGCGUUUAAAACAUCGCCUCCAGUAAAUAAGUUAAUUCCAUCAACAACAAUAAAACCUGAAGUAUUAAGUAUAAUAGCUGGAAUCCAUUCAGACAAGAUGAGCCUUGGAAACUAUGGCGAGGUAAUAAUCAAAACUCCUGAUGAAUAUUGGAUUACCGGGAAAUCAUCAAAUGACAGAGAAUUCUAUGUGAUAAUACAAGAAAAGAAUGCGAACUUGAAAGAAAUUGCAGAUGAAGUAAAACGUAUAUGUGAAUCACAAAUGAAAGGCAUUUUCUUUUACCCAAUGUAAAAAAGAACCAUUGUAAAAAUGUAUGUAAAUAAGUUGGCAUUUGCCUAAGGCAAUGUUUACAAAACUGAAUAAAACGAAUAUAUGGUGA